CUCAUACUCUCAAAGAGCAAACUGAACACCACAUAGACACCAUCUACCCGAUACUAUCUGUUCUACCAUACAUGUCUUCUCAUCAUAAGAAUGUGACCUGUAAAGUGACCAUUUUUUAUUUCUUUUUAUGAACAGGCAACCCCGCCCAUUUCUUUUACUUCUUUUCCAUUUUCCACAUCAUAUCUAUUUUUUGUUAUGUUUAGGAGCUCAAGAGUAGUAUGGCCAUUGGUAUCCCGAUCGACCAAGAGCCUGGGUAAAACCUUUGUUUCUCAAAAAUCAAGUGUAUAUAGAAUACAGCCCAUACCGAUACUUCGAUCAUUCACAACCUUGGGUAAUUUGACAGAUAUUCCCUCAACUACCCAACCAGCACCUACCCAUGAAGAUGAAUGGAAUACUUACAGCGACCGAAUCAGUAAAUCUAAAGAAAUACCCGUAGAAGAACAGACCUUUAUCGAUAUCGCUUCACAUACUCAGGCUGAUAACACUUUAAGUGGACCCGAAAAAGUACAACGGUUACAACAUAUUCUCCGUGAUAUUCAUCAGCAUUUGGAAGGGCAACCAGAAUUAAAAAACGCAUUUCAAAGAGCUUGUAACAUGUUGAUGUACGUGUAUAUCGACCAAGGCAAUGUCAAAUCAGCAAAACUAGUGUUCGAAGGACUUGCAAGCUCUGAGUGUAAAAUCAAUCUUGUUUCUAUCCGGACAAUGAUUCAUGGAUUCCAAAAGCAUGGUACAAAGACCGAUUUACACAAAUUUAUUCAAUCACUCGAAGCAAGAGAAUUAUUCCCCAGAAAAUCAAGUCUUUAUGUUGCCCUCAUAUAUGCCUUUAAACAUUUUAAUGAUAUUCGUGGAUGUCAGUUCUAUUUUGCAGAAAUGAGUAAACAUGGCCUACCAAUGGACGAACUAAGUAUAAAAGUAAUGAUGGAAGUAUACAGAAAAGCGAAAAAACCAGAAAGUGUAUUGGAUUUGUACAACACUAUGAAGGAGAAGAACAUGGAAAUCACAGCACGUAUCUACAGCAUUGUUUUGUCAGCACUUUCGCAUGACAAAAAUUUCCAUUCUGAAAUGGUCAAAAUCUUUGACGAGUUCAAAUCGACAAAUAUCAAAAUGACUCCGGAAAUUUACAUAUCUAUGAAGUGGGAUCCACUGAAAGCUUUGCAAGAUAUGAAGGAUAAGAACAUGACACCAGAAAUUAGAGAUUACAAUGAAUUUUUGCAUUACUAUGUUAGAAAGAACAAGUUUAAGCAGGCUCUGGAAAUGUAUAAGUUGAUGAAGGAAGACAAAAAUGUUGAAAUGGAUGCGUAUAGUUAUGGGAUCGUUAUGGACGUGCUUGUCAAGGAUCUCGAGCAGUCUCCGGAGUCUGUAUUUGAUUUAUACAGAGAAAUGAAGCAGCAUUGUGUUAAACCAGACCCUGCUGUUUACACUUCUCUUUUAUCGGCAUGUAACAGAGCUCAAGAUUUAGAACGUGCCAUGGCCCUUUUAGAAGAAAUGGAGUCGUUCAAUGUUAAACCAAAUGCAUAUACGUUCAACUCAAUUCUUAGCAUAUUAUCUACAAUGGAUAAGACUUCAAGUAUAGAUCUGGACAGAGCAAGUUUGAUCUGGGAAAAAAUGACUUCCUUAGGUAUUCAUCCCGAUACACGUACUUACAACACUUACCUAUCAAUUAUAUCCAAGCUGGUCAAACCGAUAGAAGAAGAUAGCGAAGAGCAUGUUGUAGAUUCAACACUAUGGGGAGAAGAAGAAAGCGAACAACAUGUGCCUAGAACUGUGAGGGAAAUGUUGAGAAUGUAUAGAUACAUGAGAAGAAAUCAUCAUCACACAAUUCAACCGGAUUUUGCUACCUACACUAUUGUAAUUAACUCGCUAUCUGCUGCUGGGCAAUUAAGAUCAGCUCUCCAAGUAUAUUCUGAUGCAAAGAUGAGUCGUGUAACAUUGCCUGUUACUGCAUAUAACGAGCUUAUGCGGGCUUUACAACGUGGGGGUAAAAUAUCUGAAGCUAUGAAUAUUUGGUACGAUAUGAAAAUUAUAGGCGUACUUCCGGAUACUACAACAUAUGAAAUUGUAUUGGAGGCUUGCGAACAACUGGAUCUUGUCGACACCUUGACGAGCAUACGUAAUCAGAGAAAACAGGAUUUUGCGAGAUUAUUAGAGUUAGACACAAAAAAAGAGAACCGCAUGAAAAAACGUUAUCAAUAAAUAUACUGUCCUUUGAAACGGCCGGAUUAAAACAGCAUAGGGAUAACUUAAAGUUGCAUAGUAUGUAUGUAUGCCCAAACUUUAGGACUUCCAAUGUUAAUUUUCAAAGAUGUACAAGCUUUAAACAGUAACGGUUGAUAUUUGACUAUCCUUGCUGACUUGUUAUUCCAAAUAUUUCAAUUUUCUUUUAUGGUAAAACUGAAUGCUUCGGCUUAUUUUAAUUGUGAUAUGAACGCUCGCAUAGUCAAUUUCUGAUUAACUAAAACAAUCACAACUGCGCACUCAGCAGUAAAAACCCGCUACCAGACGCAUGAUUAUGCGACAUGUGUUAAAAUACGCAACCAUCGACUUCUAUUUUACUUUAUUUUUAGAAUAAAAAAAAUCACCGCUUU